AUGGCGGAGAGGAGAGGGAUUGAAAUACGGAUGGAAGAGGCACAGAACGAGGUCAGGGGCUUGAAGGUCCUGGCUGCAAACCCGUGCGUGGCCAGGGACUACCAACACGGCAGCGUGGUGUGCGUGUGCAACUCCACCUACUGCGACACCUUCGAGCCAAUCACGGCGCAGCAGCUGGCGGGCAGGACGCUGCGACACUAUGUGUCCUCCAAGGCCGGCAAGAGGUUCAGCGCCAUGGACAUGAGCUUCUCCGACUCCGUUGACGCGUCCUCCGCCUCAGCUGUGUACUCGGUGGACCAGACCGCCCGGUACCAGGAGAUACUGGGCUUCGGCGGGGCGCCCACGGACUCCGCGUCCAUCAACAUACAGUCUCUCAGCGCUGGGGCGAAGAGGAACCUCCUGAGGUCGUACUUCGGCGAGGACGGCAUCGGCUACACGUUCCUGAGGGUCCCGAUGGGCGGCUGCGACUUCUCGCCCCGGAACUACGAGUACAUGGACGACCACCCGGGCGACACCGAGCUCAAGAACUUCAACCUCACCGACGAGGACUUCCUGUACAAGGCGCCGCGAGCGCUAAGCCAUGCGUGGCGAGGAACUACGGGGCCAGCAGCAUCGUGUGCGUGUGCAACAAGACGUACUGCGACAGCCUGGACGCCGUGCAGGACUCGCAGGUCUCCGGGGGCAAGUUCCUGCACUUCGUGUCCUCCAAGGCCGGGGAGCGCCUGCAGCCCCAUGCCGGGGCCUUCUCCGCAGAGCGGUGAAAAGUACACUCAGUUGUGCUUUUUUUGUUUUAUGUUUAUAUUACUGCUGCCAGUUAUCAAAGGAAUUGAAAGUAUAGCCAGGAGCGGGGCGGCCGCCUCGGCUGUGUUCACGGUCGUGCCGUCCACGACGUACCAGGAGAUGCUGGGCUUCGGCGGGGCGCUAUCCGACACCACGGCCUACAACAUCUACUCCCUCAGCGAGCAGGCCAAGGAGACCCUGAUACAGACCUAUUUUGGGAAAGGCGGUGCUCAGUACUUGUUCCUGAGGAUCAACAUGGGGUCCACCGACUUCUCGCUGAAGUACUACACCUAUGAUGAUGUGGUUGGCGAUAUAACAUUGUCCAACUUCAGCCUCGUUGACAUGGACACGAAAUACAAGAUCCCGCUCCUGAAGCAUGUGUCCAAAGUGCGAGGGCAGAAUCUGAAACUAUUCACUACCCCUUGGUCGGCUCCUCUAUGGAUGAAGAGUUCCGGGUCGUGGUUCAACGGCACCCUGCAGGAGAAGUACUACGGAAUAUGGGCAAACUACUUCACAAAGUUCCUGGACGCCUACAAGAAGGAAGGGGUGGAGUUCUGGGGGCUGACGCCCCAGAACGAGCCCAACGUGGUCCCCAGCAACUACCCGGUCAUGGGCUGGCUCGUCGCGCAGAUCAACGAGUUCGUGGGGAAGCACCUGGGCCCGGCGCUGCAGAAGACGGGUUACGGCGGACUCAAGAUGAUGGCCCUGGACGACAACAGGAACCACCUGCCCGCGUGGGCUGACAGGAUAUUCAACGACGCGACGGCGGGCAAGUACUACAGCGGCGUGGCCGUGCACUGGUACAACGACCACAAGACCGACCCGGGGCUUCUGACGACCACCCACAACAACCACCCCACCAAGUUCCUCUUCUACACGGAGGCCUGCAACCUGAAAACAGUUGUUAGCAGAGAUUAUGGAGACUGGGAGAUCGGUGAGAAAUACGGAACGAGUAUGAUGCAGGCCUUCAACAACUGGGUCGGCGGCUGGACGGACUGGAACCUGGCGGUCAACCUCAACGGCGGGCCCGCCACCUACAACGGGGUCUACCAGAACUACGCCUACAACGGCGCCGUCAUCGUGAACGCCACCGGGGACGAGUUCUACAAGCAGCCGCCGUACUACUUCCAGGCCCACUUCUCCAUGUUCGUGCCCCCGGGCUCCAGGAGGAUCGGCCUCAAUCAGUCCAGCGACGGCGGCCUCGCCAACGUGGCCUUCCUCACGCCGCAGCAGGAGUACGUGGUCGUGCUCAUCAACAACAACGCCACCGUGGUACAGACACAGAUUAAACAUACAGGGAAAGGCAGUAUCGACGUCUCAGUACCUGCUCGAAGCAUCAACACUAUCAUUUACAAGUAGAGUUGAUUCUACCAGUACUUUGUGUGUAAUGUUCCUGUAAGCAUUUCUAGUUGAAAAUGGUAUUCAGACAACAGAAUAAAAGUGACGAAGGAAAAAGUAUUUAAAAAA